AUGACUAAAGACGCUGUUAUUGCUGGUGAAAAAGAAGUUGAACUUCAUCAAACAACUUCAUUAGAUUCUCCACAUCAAAUCCAUGAUGAAAAAGAAGUUCAUGAUGAUACAACUGAUGAAUCAUCAUCAUUAAAUCAAAAAGUUUAUCACUCUAGAGGUGUUCAAAGAGCUGAAAAUGUUAAAGUGUUGAUGGAUACUUCAAAACAAGGUAAAUGGUUUAGAAUUUCUCUUGCUGCUUCAUUAUUAAUUUGUGCUUGGGUUUAUACUUUAGAUUCUUCAACAACUUCAAAUUAUUCUCCAUAUGCUACUUCAUCAUUUGGUCAUCAUUCAAUGAUUUCAACUUUAGAUAUUGCUACUGCUUUAAUGUCAUCAGUUUGUAAGCCAAUGUUGGCAAAAUUCUCUGAUGUUACUUCAAGACCAAUUACUUAUAUCUUAGCAUUAACUUUAUAUGCAAUGGGUUAUAUUAUCGUUGCCGCUUCUAAAACUAUUAGUGCUUAUGUUAUUGGUGAAGUUUUCGUUGCCAUUGGUGGUUCAGGUAUUUCAUUAAUGAAUUCCAUUACAACUGCAGAUUUAACUCCUUUGAAAUAUAGAGGUUUAUUAAUUGGUAUUUUAUCAUCACCAUAUUUGAUUACUACAUGGUUUGCUGGGUUAAUUGUUGAUGCAAUUUUGGGUAAAGGUAAUUGGAGAUGGGGUUAUGGUAUGUUUGCCAUUAUUAUGCCUGUUGCUAUUUCACCAGCUAUUGUUAUUAUGCUUUGGUUAGAUAAUAAAGCUGCAAAAUUAGCUGAAGAAAAUGUUGAAAUUAAAGCUGCUGAAUUAGCAUUAGAAAAACCAAAAACUUUUAGAUUUAGAGAAUUAAAUCAUACUGAAAGAAUUAAAUUUUUAUGGCAACAAUCUUUAGAAAUUGAUCUUUUCGGUUUAAUCUUGAUGGGUUUUGGUUGGUCUCUUUUAUUAUUACCAUUUUCAUUAUAUAGAGCAGCUGAAGGACAAUGGAAAAAUCCAUCAAUGAUUGCAAUGUUAGUUGUUGGUGCUUUAUUUUUAAUCUUUUAUGCAAUUUAUGAAUUAACUCUUGCACCAUAUCCAUCUAUGCCUAAGAGAGUUUUAAUGAAUAGAACUUUUAUGACUGCAGUAUCAAUUGAUUUCUUUUAUCAAUGUGGUGGUAUGUUAAGAUUAUUAUAUUUCUCAUCAUAUGUUUGGAUCAUUAAAGAUUGGUCAUAUCAAAAUUGGACUUAUUUUAAUAAUACGAUGACUAUGGGUCUUUGUUUCUUUGGUGUUGUUGUUGGUUUGAUUCAAAGAUAUACACAUCGUACUAAAUAUUUACAAGUUUUCGGUUUAUCUUUACAAGUUGUUUCAAUGGGUAUUACAUUAUGGGCUCGUUAUGAUCAUGCUUCAACUGCUGCUUUAGUUUGGACCCAAUUGUUGAUUGGUAUUGGUGGUGCUUGUUCAGUUGUUGGUUCAAAUGUUGCAUCUCAAGCUUCAGUUCCUCAUCAAGAUACUGCUUUAGUUAUCUCCCUUUUAUCACAAUGGUCAUCAAUUGGUCAUGCUAUUGGUUCUGCUAUCGCUUCAGCUAUAUGGCAAGGUAAAAUGCCAGGUAAUUUGAGAAAAUAUAUGCCAUCUUCAGUUUCUGAUGAACAAGUUACUACAUUAUUUGGAUCAUUAACAGAUAUUCAUAAAUAUCCAUAUAAAUCAGAAGAAAGACAAGGUGCUAUUAAAGCUUAUUUCGAAACUGUUUAUUAUAUUUUCGUCCCAUCAUUAAUUUUAACAAUUGUUCCAUUCUUGACUUCAUUAUUCCAAAAGAAUUUCUAUUUAGGUGAUACACAAAAUGCAGUUGAAUUUAGACAAGAACAAAGAAGAAAUGAAUAUUCUUCAGAUAAACCUAAGCCAUUCUGGAGAAAGAUCACUGACUUCUUGGAUGAACCAUUCCAAAGUGCAAAAUAG